AUGGUGGAGAAAAGAAUUGCCAUAGUUGGAGGUGGGCCAUCUGGGAUAAUAACAUUACGUUCUCUCUUAGAUGAAGGAUUCACUUCAAUCACAUUAUUUGAACGAAAGAAUAAAUUAGGUGGUUGUUGGAAUUUAACCCCACCAGAACUGAUUAAUUUCGAACAAUUAUCGAAAAAACAAUGGAAUAUUGAUCCUAUACCUGAAACAAUCCCAACAACUGUGCCUCAUAGUACUGUGCAAAGAUUCAUGGACACGGCUACAUAUCCCUAUUUAGAAACUAACGUUGAAGAUAUAGCCAUGGAGUUUGAUAAACCUUUCCCUAAAGAGACUAUUUCCAAGCAUGGUAAAAAUUCGCCAUUUAGACAUUUCACAGAAAUAAGUCAGUACUUGCAUGAUCUUGCAGAUUUGAAUUAUGUCACAUUUGACACUUCAGUAGAAUUGAUUGAGAAAAAAAAUGAACAAUGGCGAUUAGUACUUCGAAAAUUUGGACAAAACCAAGAUUAUAUUUAUGAAGAAUUUUUCGAUAAUGUUGUUGUUGCCAGUGGCCAUUUCGAUGUUCCAUUUAUCCCAGAAAUUCCUGGAUUACAACAAUUCUCUGAACUUGACGAUACCAUUGUGAUUCAUUCCAAACAAUUUAGAUCUCGAGAUGAUUUCAAAGAUAAACAAGUUGUCGUUGUUGGAGCAUCGGUUUCCGCCAUGGAUUCGAUCCGAGACAUUCUCCCCGUGGCCAAACGGGCUAUCACGUCACAAAAACCAACAACUGAACCUCAUGUUUAUUUUGGUACUGAAGCAUUUGAUCAUGAUGGUAUUGAAAAACGAGGACAAAUAGUUAAAAUUGAAGAUCAUACAAUUUAUUUCCACGAUGGAACAUCAACAUUUGCUGAUGCUAUUAUUUUAGGUACAGGGUUUUUGUAUCAUUAUCCAUUUUUACCAAAAUUUCCCCAACUCAAAGAAUUAAUAUUUGACGCAAAUGACCCUUCACUUGCAUUUGUUGGUCAUAAUACCCCAGGGUUGACAUUUAAACUUUUCCAAUGGCAAGCAAUACUUGUUGCUCGAGUUUUCGCAGGCAAAGGUAAUGUCCCGUCAACAAUCAGAAAUGAUCCAACGAUUCACCCCGAUUUUGAACAAUAUUAUGAAACAUUAAGAGAGGCCUCUUCCGGCGCAUUACCACCAUGGAAUCCUACUUGGGAAGAAGCAUUUUAUAGAGGACACUUACGAAGAAGACAAUAUUGGUUAGACAAUCCUUGA